AUGAAGGCAAGGGAAACGUCUCGCAGAAUCUGCGGCUGCCCGCCAUUGAGUGAGUGUGUGCACGUGGUUACGUCUGGUAAAAUGGAAUUCGAUACCGAAAAAUUUAUCAUCGAAAUCCAGAGUCGGCCAGCAAUUUGGAACACCAAAUUACCAGAGUAUUCUGAUAGAAUAUUAAAACAAAGAGCAUGGGAAGAGUUAGUGCAUAUUUAUCACGGUACGGAAUUGACAAAGGAGGAAAAACAAAAUCUAGGUUUGAGUAUUCAAAAAAAAUGGAGAAAUAUUCGCGACUGUUUUGUGAAGGCCCAUAAAGCGAAAGAGACUAAGAGCGGAUCAUCAAAAAAAAAGACUUCAUAUGUUUUCUACGACAGUUUGUUAUUUUUAAAAGAUACUGUAACUGUCAAUAGCACAACGGGCAAUGUAACUACAGAAAAUGAAGAUGGUAACACAGCUACGCAAAAUGAAGAAACACUUCCAUCAAAUACUUCAUGGGCACCAAAGAGAAGCAAGAAAAAUAAUAGUGAUGAUCUUAUCUGUACAGAGUUAGUCGGGGCCUUGAAUAGAAAUUUAGAAAGAAAGAGUGUUGAAGAUGACGAGGAUCGCCUGUUUUUCUUGUCUCUAGUAAAAGAAUUUAAAAAAAAUCCAGAACAUAUGCAAAUGCAAAGUAAAUUAGAUAUUUUAAAGGUAAUUAAAGAUGCGCAAAUUUUCAAUUAUUCUAACAUUGAUUAUCCAAGACCUAAUUCUUACCGGGGAUAUCAAACGUCACAUUAUUCUGAAUGGCUUGAAUAA